AUGGGAUCAUCACCGGCUGGAGGUGGUGAAGAUGCAGAAGAACUUAAUAUAACGGUUGCCGUUAGGAGUAGAGGUAGAAAUGAGAGAGAGAUAAGGGCAAAGAGUUCAGUGGUAGUUUCAGUUCCUGAUGUGAUGGGUUCUCAUGAAGUUGCUAUAAAUACUACUGAUGAUGUUGGUAUUACUGCACAGAUGAACUCGAAGACGUAUGCUGUUGACAAAGUAUUUGGACCGAGCGCUAAUCAACAAUUAAUCUUUAAAGAAAUCGCAGAACCACUAUUUGGAGAUUUUCUCAAAGGCUAUAAUUGUACGGUUUUAGUUUAUGGUAUGACAUCAACUGGUAAAACUUAUACAAUGACAGGUGAUGAGAAAUUGUACAAUGAUGAAUUGAGUGAUUCUGCAGGUAUAAUUCCAAGAAUUCUGUUUAAACUCUUCGAAACACUAGAUUUGCGAGAUGAAGAUUAUGUGGUUAAAUGUUCCUUUGUGGAGCUUUAUAAUGAAGAGUUAAAGGAUUUAUUAGAUGAUAGUGUUGAAAAUUCAUCAAUGAGAAAAUUAAGAAUUUACGAUUCGGGUUCAGGUUCAAAUAGUAAUAGCGGUAGUAGGAAGAAUUCCAGGAAUAACUCACCAAAAUUAGUGACAGAUCCAAUGAUUAAUAGAAGAAGAAUGCGUACGGUGCCCCUAUCAAGUUCGCUGGCGAAACAACAACAUCAGUGGCAGCAGAGACGAGAACAACAACAUCAACUGCGAGAGCAGCAGCAACGAGAACAACAAGCUCAACAACAACAAAAGGAACAACAGCAAAGGGAACAACAACAGGAUUCUCCUUCCGGAGUCUAUAUCCAAAAUUUACAAGAUUUCCACAUUACCUCAGCAAGAGAUGGUCUUCAACUUUUACAAAAAGGCCUUAGGAAUAGACAAGUAGCCACUACAAAGAUGAACGACUUUUCUAGUAGAUCACAUACCAUUUUCACGAUAACACUUUACAGAGAACAUCAAGGCGAAAUGUUCAAAGUUUCCAAAAUGAAUCUGGUGGAUCUAGCGGGUUCUGAAAAUAUUAGUCGAUCUGGAGCUCAGCACCAAAGAGCUAAAGAAGCUGGUUCCAUUAAUCAGUCACUUUUAACAUUAGGUAGAGUGAUCAAUUCGUUAGCAGACAAAAGUGCACAUGUACCAUUUCGAGAAUCUAAGUUAACCAGACUAUUGCAAGAUUCUCUUGGUGGUAAUACAAAGACAGCUCUAAUAGCAACGAUAUCACCUGCGAAGAUUAACUCUGAAGAGACGUGCAGUACUCUACAAUAUGCUUCCAAGGCUAAAAACAUAAAAAAUAGACCUCAGUUGAGAUCUUUUAUCAUGAAGGACAUACUUGUUAAAAACAUUACUGCGGAAUUGGCAAAGGUUAAAUCAGAUCUUCUUUCAACAAAAUUGAGAGAAGGUGUCUACAUGAGUCAAGAUAAUUAUAAAGAGAUAACUAAUGAUUUGGAAUCCUAUAAAACUGAGAUACAAGAAUCUAAAAGAAUUAUUGAAAGACUAAGUUCACAAAAUUCUCUUUUAUUAAAGGAUAAAAAAGCCUCUAACGAAGUUAAUGAAUUACAAAGAAUCAAAUUACAAAAUAUGAAAGAUGUUAUGAGUGGACUUUCCGAAAAAUUAGAAUCUCAGCAUAAAAAGGAGCAAGAAUUGGUAGACAUGACUUGUAACUUAAAAUCAACGUUGUCGCUUACACAAUCAGUAAUUAAAGAAUAUGGUCAAAGAGAAAAGCAAAUUUCAGAACGAAUGCAAAUGAUUUUAGGACAGGAAUUCUUACAAUUUAGACAAAUGCUCGUUAAUAAUAUUGAAGAUAUUAGAACCAAUCAUAGUGGUAAUGAUAUUCUUCAUGAAGGAGAACAAAAUGGGAUCCAACAGAAUCUAAAUGUGUUGAGGCAAGAAGUGGUCGAACUAUUGGGCUUGGCUCAAAAGAGGGCGGAAAAAAUGUAUAAGGAUUGGAUAGAAAAAAUAUUGGAGGAGGCCCCCACUGUUUUCCAGGCAAUUUCUAAUAAAGUGGACCAAGUGGAAGUUACUGUUAACACUUAUCAUCAAAGGUUAACCGAAAACCUUUCUGAUAUCAGUGAGGGGUAUAAUAAUUUGAAACAAUAUUUCAAUGAUCACUUCUUCAAAAAUAAUCACGAAGAAGUACUCAAUUCACAUAUCGAUAAGACCUAUCAACAAUUACAAUUUUCGGCAGAUGGGUUAUUACAAAAAUUUAAACAGAUGAUGGAUGAUCAUCUGAAAGAUAAUAAAACUUUAAUGAUGAAAAGUUUACAAUCAGCUACGACUGAAGCUAUUGAUAAAGAAAUGCAAUUGUUUGAACCACAAAGAAAAAAAUGGGAAGAGUCGUUCGACCUGAUUAACAACUGUGAUUCCAUUAGCAAUGGUUUCAACGGCGAUAUGAGAUCAGCUCUUUCAGACAUCAAAUCCACAUUCGGUUCAUCGACCGACGUUAUCAGCAGAUCAGUCUCGAAAGUAAAGGAUGAAGUAAAGGGUUAUGAAGAUGCCUCUACGAUUUUGGAUGGUAAUGAAGUUGUCAAGAGGCAAAUUGCUGAUAUAAUAAACAAGGACAGUUCGUUAAGAAAUGGAUUAUACAAAUCUAUUAAAUCUUCACAAGGUCAUAUUUCUGCAUUCGAUGAACUGAAGGAACGUAUUCGAAAUACUAUUGCAUCGGAAAAUAGUACGCUUCAUCAGAAUAAAAUUGCAACUACUCCACCUCUCGGGCAAAAUAGUGAAAGAAGUCCUUUAAAACCUACUGUGCUUCAACCCAAUCAAUUGCCUGAAAAUUGGAGGUAUGGAUUGCGAUCCCCACCAAAGGACCAACUGAGUAAGAGCAAUGGUGAACUUAAGAGACAUCAAGACAACGAAACUUUAGAGGAGAAUGUAAACAAAAUCUCACGAUUGGAAUAA